CAAGUGACUUCAUAAAAUUUUCAAUUUCAGUGAAUCCCAAUUUCGUAACGCAGAAAAAACCCAGCAUUGCACGUGGCGCCCUCUACCUCUUGGGAUGAGGUACUACGAUGUCGGUGGGGUCACUCAAGCCCCAAAACUGAGCCUCUACUUUAGUCAAUCCUCUUUGAAUAGGACUCACGAUAUCGCCCCCCUGCAACACUCGUGUGGAAUAUUAGGUGUGACUGAUCUCGACUUCACCCCGCAACAUUAUUUAAAUACGUUUCGUUGAAUAAAGUUAAUCAAGAUACGUUUGAAGAGAAGGAUAAAAAUGGCAGAACUAGCAGCCCUGCUGCGUCAAGAUAUACCAGAGGGUCGUAGCAACCUGGCAGACAGCCACACGAAUUUGGAGCGCGUAGCAGAGUACUGCGAGGCUAAUUACUUCCAAGCGGAGAACAAGAGAAUAGCCCUGGAGGAAACAAAGAACUUCACAACCCAGUCAUUAGCGAGUGUAGCCUAUCAAAUAAACACCCUGGCGUACAAUUUUCUGCAGCUGCUGGACCUCCAGACAUCCCAGUUGGCAGAGAUGGAGAGCCAGAUGAAUCACAUCGCCCAAACUGUCAUGAUUCACAAGGAGAAAGUUGCGAGACGAGAGAUUGGAGUGCUGACAGCCAACAAGAUGACAACGAGGCAGUACAAGAUCAUAGCACCAGCUAAUCCCGAGAAACCAAUAAAAUACGUGAGAAAGAGCAUAGACUACAAUACCCUGGAUGAAAUAGGUCACGGUGUCAGGAGCAGUGGCACACCAAGGAGCAAACAAAGGGGUGGAAGUCAGGGAAGUGUUCAGUCACUCGGGGCUGUAUCGAGUGGAUCAGGUUUGGCAGCUGCCAUGGUCGGUCCAGCACCCACUACUAAACCUCCAACACCUCCUCAAGCUGCUAGAACUGGAACUCUCAGCAAGGGUUCCAGGGAGUACAGAACACCACCUGCUGUUGCUCCUCCUCAAGUUCCCAGUCAUUAUGCACCGAAUUAUCCACUUGGACAUCCAAGACGAGAGCGGGGACCUGGUUACAGCACUCUUCCACUCCAUGCACACACCACUCAACACAAUACACUCCCUCACAAUAGCCAUAAUAGUCAUAAUAAUAACGCUCGUUGCAAUUUAUGACUACUACGCUGAUAAAGAGGACGAGCUGAGUUUCCAGGAGAGCAGUGUCAUCUACGUCCUGAAGAAGAACGACGAUGGAUGGUGGGAGGGUGUGAUGGAUGGUAUAACCGGUCUUUUCCCUGGUAAUUACGUCGAGCCCUGUGUCUAAAAUUCUAUUUAAUACAUUUGCAAAAGGUACUGAAGUUUGAACAAAUAUUAAUCAGCGAGUAAUUCCUGCCUAGUGCAAAGUGUUUAAUCAUAAUCACGAUUCCUCGUCUCUAACAUUAUCAUUAAGAUAUCAUUAAGACUCGAUGCUAAGUAUCUAUUACGUAUUUUGACACAGCGUUAUCUCAGUGAAAUAUUUAAUCAAGAAUUAACAAUAAUUUUCGAUAAACGAAAUUUUGUAAUAUAUCUGUCAUGUAGUGUUUGAAGAUUAAAGCGUAGUACUGAAAUAUA